GCCCGGGGCCCAUAAAGCGGCGGCGGCUGCGAGCUGCACCCCGAGCCCCGCCCUGCCCCGACGCCGCGGCCCCACCCCCGCGGCCCCGACAGCCAGCACCCAGCGGCCGCGCGCCACCGGAGCCCUGGCGGAUUUUAUUUUUAAGUAAUCUCUACAUCCAACGUGGGGCCCGAACUCCCAGCUCCAAGAUCAAGAGUUGCACGCUCCCCUGACUGAGCCAGCCAGACGCUCCUGUUUCGCCAGUCCAAUGGCCAGGAAGGCGCUGAUCGUCCUGGCCCACGCAGAGAAGGCCUCCUUCAACCACGCCAUGAAGGAGGCUGCGGUGGAGGCCCUGGAGGCCACAGGGUGGGAGGUCACCGUGUCGGACCUGUACGCCAUGAACUUCAACCCCGUCAUCUCCAGGCGGGAUGUGACAGGGACGCCCAAGGACCCCGGGAACUUUCAGUACCCCGCGGAGGCCGCUCUAGCCUAUAAGGAGGGCCGCCUGAGCCCCGACAUCGUGGCCGAGCAGAAGAAGCUGGAAGCCGCAGACCUGGUGAUCUUCCAGUUCCCACUGCAGUGGUUUGGAGUCCCUGCCAUCCUGAAAGGCUGGUUCGAGCGAGUGCUCAUCGGAGAGUUUGCUUACACGUACGCGGCCAUGUAUGACAAGGGACCUUUCCGGAAUAAGAAGACGGUGCUCUCCAUCACCACGGGCGGUAGCGGCUCCAUGUACUCUCUGCAGGGUAUCCACGGAGACAUGAAUAUCAUUCUCUGGCCAAUUCAGAGUGGCACUCUGCAUUUCUGUGGCUUCCAAGUCCUGGAACCUCAACUGACCUAUAGCAUUGGGCACACUCCUAUGGAUGUCCGAAUUCAGAUCUUGGAAGGAUGGAAGAAACGCCUGGAGAAUAUCUGGAAUGAGACUCCACUGUAUUUUGCUCCAAGUAGCCUCUUUGACUUAAACUUUCAGGCAGGAUUCUUAAUGAAAAAGGAAGUGCAAGAUAAGCAGAAAAACGAGAAAUUUGGCCUUUCUGUGGGCCAUCAUUUGGGCAAGUCCAUCCCAACUGACAACCAGAUCAAAGCCAGAAAAUGAAACUCACAAGGCUUUAUUUCCUUCUAAAAUGUAGCCAAAUCGAGGUUUCUUUUUUGGACUUCUUUGACUUGCUUUAGUCUUUGAGAUUUGUGUGUUUUUCUUUUUCCACAAGGAAUGACUAGGAGACAGAAUAGACUGUAUUCCUAUAUUUUUGGAUAGUUGUAGUAAAUAUAACUGAUUCUUAUGAUUGCGAUCAUGGCAAAAUCUGAUUAGGCUCAAGAGGCCACUCAGGAUAUACAGCAGGGAAAGAUGGAGAAAAGAUGCCAGACAAUAUUCUUUAAGGUCCUCUAUACAAUUUAAUUCUUUUUAAGUAUGAAUUUUUAGGGCUGAAUCUGCGAGACAGCAUCCAGCCCUUUAAUGACAUACUUUUCUUUUAGUUUCCUCUCUGUGGCUUAUGGCAGAAGGGAAUUGGUCAGAGAAAAAAAAUGACUGGGUGCUGACCCAAGGGACUGGUUUAGUAGUUACUAAUCUAUGCUUGUUUACCAUAGAUACUGGCUUUAAUUACUGCGCCGUGACUAGUAUGCCUAAUGUGAGAGUUCCUCUUGCUUCAACUUUUGUAGUUUGUAUACAGUACCUAGAGAUACUUUCAAGUGAAAAGAUAAUAAAGGUCUCUUCUUUGUCUCAGUCUUCUAAUUUAAUAUCUGCAGAAAUAAACCAACACAUCCAUACAGUACAUCUGCUACAAUGACCAAACAAGAAAUAGUUACUUAACAAAAGCCUCCUACAAAUAGUACUUUAUUUUUGAGCUUAGAACACCCUGGAGGUUUUCUUCUCCACUGCUAAACUGAUGACUUUCCUUUUGGAUGUGGUUUGGUCCCACCAUUUUGGGGAUGAAAUUGUAAUCCUAGAGUUUCGUUAACUUUGAACAAUUUUGGUAUACUGUUCCAAUUUCCAGUUUAGAUUACAGCAGUGCAGCUCGCUGUCGGUAUAAUUCCAGUAGAGUAUGAUGAAAGGCUGCCCUCUUGUGGUGCACUGAAAGGAAACGAGAGAGGAGGCUAAACAAGGUUGCUGGACACUGGGAACAGGUCCUGGACCGGCCAAGAAAAGGAGGGCAGCAGGCAGGAGCCUCACGUGUCAGAUGCUGACAGGCAUUUGGGUAUUUCCCCCUACAAUGGCAGAUGGCUAGGUGCUUCAGUUUGAAAGAUGUUUUCUUGUUGCCUUCAUUCUCACUGCAAUUUUUGUAAAUUUCUGAAAGCUCCAGAUGAAAUAAAAACCAUUUCUACAAAA